UUUGACUUUGUCGAGUCAAAGUUUAACGACGAUAGGAGGUAUUUGAAGGUAGAGGAGAAUCUGAGAAGUAACUGGUACAGUGUACAAAGUGUGUUAAAGUUGAGAAACUGUAAUAAUAUAUUAUCUUUUAAACGUGAAAUAGCAACACAUUCAAAAUUCAGAGCGAUGGCGUUGAAUAAACUCAGCAUUGAUAAAGUGAAUCUUACGGAUAAACGAGUCCUCAUACGGGUAGACUUCAAUGUGCCACUGAAGGAUGGUAAAAUUACUAAUAACCAAAGAAUCGUUGCUGCUUUGGAUUCAGUUAAAUAUGCUCUUGAAAAGAAAGCUAAAUCUGUUGUUUUAAUGUCACAUCUGGGGCGUCCAGAUGGAAAACGAGAAAUGAAAUACACCUUAAAACCAGUCGCAGAAGAAUUGAAAUCUCUACUUGGAAAAGAAAUUUUAUUCUUAAAUGAUUGUGUUGGUUCAGAGGUCGAAGCUGCUUGUAGCAAUCCAGCACCUGGCACGGUUAUCUUACUUGAAAAUUUAAGAUUUCACAUUGAAGAAGAAGGUAAAGGAGUAGGAGCUGAUGGAAAUAAGGUAAAAGCAGACAAAGAAAAAGUGGAGGAAUUUAGAAAAUCGUUAAGAAAAUUAGGAGAUAUUUAUAUUAAUGAUGCCUUUGGCACAGCCCAUCGUGCUCAUAGUUCUAUGCUCGGUGAAGGAUACGAAAUUAGAGCUAGUGGUUUUCUUUUGAAAAAAGAAUUGAACUAUUUUGCCAAAGCAUUGGAUAAUCCAGAAAGGCCGUUCUUAGCGAUACUGGGAGGUGCUAAGGUUGCCGAUAAAAUACAGUUGAUUAAUAAUUUGCUAGACAAAGUUAAUGAGAUGAUCAUAGGCGGUGGAAUGGCUUAUACCUUUUUAAAAGUAUCGAAAAACAUGAAGAUUGGUAACUCGUUGUUUGAUGAAGAAGGUGCAAAAAUUGUUAAUGAUUUAUUAACAAAAGCUGAGAAAAAUAAAGUUCAAAUACAUCUACCCGUUGAUUUCGUUACCGCAGACAAAUUUGCAGAAAAUGCAGCAGUCGGCGCAGCAGAUCUUGAAAGUGGCAUACCUGACGGUUGGAUGGGCCUUGAUGUCGGACCAAAAUCACGGGAACUGUUUAGCGACCCUAUUAAGAGAGCAAAAACAAUUGUCUGGAAUGGACCUGCAGGUGUUUUUGAAUUCGAAAAUUUCAGUAAAGGCACGAAAGGCCUAAUGGACAACGUUGUAGAGGCGACGUCACAUGGUACCAUUACCAUAAUUGGGGGUGGUGAUACAGCCACUUGUGCUGCUAAAUGGGAAACAGAAGAUAAAGUAAGCCACGUAAGCACCGGUGGUGGUGCGAGCUUGGAGCUCCUCGAAGGCAAAGUCUUACCAGGAGUUGCAGCUCUUUCUUCGUUGUAAUUCUAAAUCCGAUAAAAUAUCAUCUACAUUUGUAGGUUUUAGUUAGUAUCGGUGCUUUAAAAACAUCGAUUUUACUUAAUUAUCAAUUUAGCAUCGAUAUUCAAUGGAACAAAUAGGCUGUUUAUUAAUUCUUCGUAAUAUAUGCCGUGUCGGUGUAAUUUAUGUUUAAAGAAUACCUGUAUCUGUUUAGUACAUAGUGUAAGAAAUACUUUGUCAAUGUUUACGACGAAGAGCAGUAUGAAAUAUAUUUAUAGUUAUACGACAGUAACGAUCGAUAUUAAGAGCAGCAGCAGCAGCAGCACUAGCACUACUACUACUAUUGCUAGUGUUUCGCGUGCAAUUUUUGUUAUUAGAAAUGAUGUACAAUAUUUAAUAAGCAUAUAUGGUAUAAUUCCUAUUAGGAUUGUGAAGGUAAAAAAGUAUGGCACAAAAAACAUCGGUAAUCGUACAAGUCAUGUAUGUACUAUACUUAAAUGAAAACAGUAUAAAGUGUAACACAAAUACACCUUCUGUACGAUAAAACAUUUAACAUAGUUCGAUCAAAAAGGAAAGAAAGAAAAGUGAUACAAUUGCCAUGGACUUUGCACUAUAAUAUGAAAUACCAUUAAAAGUAACGCAAUGUUAUUUUUCCCAAAUACAAUGGUAUUAUUAUAUAAUACAAUACAAUGCAGUGCUACUUAUAUUUUCAGAUAUAUGCAAAAAAUAAAUGUAACGCUUUACAUAUAGCAUAUACGUACAUACGUACGAUUAUCGA